AUGGCCCAGCGUCUGCACAGUCCCCUGCUCCUGCUGGCUGCCCUGGCCCUGGCCCUGGCCCUGGCUGUGAACUCCCAGAGAAACUCCAAAGUCGGAGCCCCAUGGGAUGCAGAUGUCAAUGACAAGGAUGUGCAGGAGGCACUAAAAUUUGCCCUCAGCGAGUACAACAAGGCAAGCAACGAUGAGAACUACAGCCGUGUGCUGCAGGUGAAGGGUGCCCAAAAGCAGGUUGUGGCUGGAAUAAACUAUUUUCUGGAUGUGGAGAUAGGCCGAACCAAAUGCACCAAGUCCGAGCCCAACAAAGAGAGCUGUCCCUUCUAUGAGCAGCCAGACUUGCUGAGGAAAAAGCUCUGUUCCUUCCAGAUAUACACUGUCCCCUGGCGGAGCGAGAAAUCCCUGGUGAAGUCCCGCUGCCACGAUGCAUAG